AUGCUGCGGGGGGACGGGAUGCGGCUGGAGCUGGACCGCUUCAUGACGCUAUUCUCGCCGUCGUACUUCCGCACGACGCUCCUCAUGCUGUACGUCUGCUUUGCGUCCAACUUCGCAUACUACGGCAUGAUCUACGGCCUGCCGGACACCCUCAAGAAGGCCGCCGUGGAGGCAGACAUGCAGCCCGGGGCCGAGGAGUACGACCAGGAGGGCCGCGGCUGGAGCCCAGCGGCCGGCGUCUUCCUGGGCGCCAUGUCGGAGAUCCCAGGAGUGUGCUUGGCGAUCGUCCUCGGGGUCACCGUGGGCCGCCGGAAGAACAUGUGCUUCGCCUUCACCAUGUGCUCGCUGGCCUUGCUCGGCGUGGUAUAUUGCAUCCUGACGCGGCAGCGGGCGCCCUGGCCAGGUGCUCAGCGUGAAGCUCUUCCUCGCAACGGGCUACAUCGCCGCCUCCCCCG